UCUGAAUUUGAUUGUGUGAAUGCUUUUUAUCCAUCUUUGCAAUACAGUCUGAUAUUGAAGGUAUUCUCCACUGUUCUGGUGGUAGGUAUGGGUAUGUGCUUGUCCAGAAAAAGAGACAAGAACCCACAAAUUGGUUUGAACGAAUUUCAAGGAGGAAAUGAUAGUCAAAGAUUUCUGAACAUGUUUAAGUCUAGAUCAAGGCUAAAAUGUAACGCCAAAGACAGUUUCAGUGACAUAAAAUCUGUUAAUGAAUGCAAUGGGAAGAGUGAGAGGCAGAAAGAAUCUGUGAGCCAACUGCAAGGUGAGUGUAGUCUGUAUAGGUCAUCAGUGGUGGAGGAGGGUGCAGCGUUUGGUUCUCCAAUUUCAAUUAGUAGAGAAGGAAUUUCUACAGAGGCAUUCAGUGAUUGCAGCGCUGAUUUAUUUGAAUUAGAUCUGUCUGAGGAUCAUAUCUUAGGGCGCGUAUCAGAUGAUGUAUUCAGUGUCUCACUUUCAGAUCUUUUGAAAUUAGAGUCUCUUGAUCUUUCAGACAAGUUGUAGCAGCUGAGGAUUACUGUUGUUGUCAUAAAUCGAAUGUGUAAAUUUUUGUGUUUUUGGGAACGGCUUAAAUUAUAUACACUAAGCUUACAUUUUUAAAUUUAAAAGUGUUAAACAAUCAGAAUUGACUGA